UCUCUUCGUGCUGCAACUUCCUUGAACCACACGACACAGCAACUCUCUUGCAAUAGCCACCACGAUAACCCCUACUUUGUCCCAUCCCUUCGCUGACCCAAACAUGGCAUCUCCCAACAUCCACCUCUACACCACCCAAACCCCAAACGGCGUCAAAAUCUCCAUCACCCUCGAGGAGCUCCACCUCCCCUACGAAUUCACGAAAAUCGACAUCUCCAAGAACACACAGAAGGAGCCAUGGUUUCUCAAAAUCAACCCAAAUGGACGCAUACCCGCUCUCACCGACACCUUCACCGAUGGCGAGCCCAUCCGAGUCUUCGAGAGUGGAAGCAUCAUGCAAUAUCUCGUCGACCGAUAUGACAAGGACCAUGUCAUUAGCUAUCCGCCCGGAUCUCGUGAGGCUGUGGAAGUCACGAGUUGGUUAUAUUUUUUGAACGCCGGUGUUGGACCCAUGCAAGGACAGGCAAACCAUUUCUUCCGUUACGCGCCAGAGAAAAUUCCCUAUGGAAUCAAUCGCUAUCAAAAUGAGACGAAAAGACUCUACGCUGUUCUGGACAAGCAUCUCGCAGAUUCCAAAUCAGAAUACUUGGUCGGCAACAAAUGCACUGUUGCUGAUAUCGCGCACUGGGGCUGGAUCUCUGCAGCAGGCUGGGCAGGCAUCGACAUUGAACCCUUCCCUCAUCUCAAGGCCUGGGAGGAGAGAAUGUGGGCUCGACCGGCGGUGAAGAAAGGCGCGAACGUGCCAGACCCAUAUCGCAUGAAAGAGCUUCUUGCUGACAAGGAAGCCAUGGAGAAGCAUGCUGCUGAGAGUCAAAAGUGGAUUCAGGCCGGCAUGAAAGAUGAUGCGUCAAAGCACCAGAAGUAAAGUUUUUACCUUACUAUUGCCUUGGGCGUCAAGGGGAUGCACGAGGCCACGAGAUAUAUGUAUGAAUCAAAAGGUGGGGGCACGGACGCUUUGGUCAAUGAACCUGCUCAUUUC